GCAAGCGAUUGGAUUCAGGGAUAAAAAAGCCGAGGGAAGCAGGUCUUCAGAACAAAAAGUUUCCUCGGUGAAGACAAAUGUUUGCGCUCUUUCUCUCGGGGUUGUGUGCAUACAGAGAUCCGAGAAUCGCGUUUUAUGAGUGAGCGCACGGAGGGUUGGACACAUUGAAGGAGCACCAGGAGGCGGCUGAGACGCUUUACAAGAAGAAGCAAGGAAAGAGAGAGAGAAGGAGAGAUAGGGAGAGAGAGAGAGAUAAUCUCACUCUCCCAGUCGCAGUCGCAACCGGAUCGCAUCCAGCGUCUCUCUCCACACUGCUAUAGCAGGACAAUGUCUAGUAAAGCGACAUUAGCCUUACUCAUCUAUGGAAUCAUAAUGCACUACAGCGUCCAUUGCUCACCUCUCGGGCUUAGCUAUCCUAACCUUAGACUUGAAAAUGAGGUUUAUGACGAGGAUGGGAAUUCGUUACCGGACUUGGCUUUUGACAGUGAUCAAAUUGCUAUAAGAAGUCCCCCGUCUGUGGCUGACGACGUGUAUACUUUGUACUACCCACCCGAGAAAAGAACGGAAAGGCAUGCAGACGGAAUGUUUAAUAAAGCCUACAGGAAAGCGCUGGGUCAGUUAUCAGCAAGAAAAUAUCUCCAUUCUCUGAUGGCAAAGCGUGUAGGUGGAGGGAGCACCAUGGAAGACGACUCGGAGCCUCUGUCAAAGCGACACUCGGAUGGGAUCUUCACAGACAGCUACAGUCGCUACCGAAAGCAAAUGGCAGUCAAGAAAUACCUGGCGGCAGUCCUUGGGAAAAGCCCUGAAGACAUAAGUUUUCACCAUAUUCUACAAGACAUAGACUUUGAUGCCCUCUCGGAUGGGGAUGAGAUUCAGGCUAUAUUGGGAGAAUGGCUGAAACAGUUCUCUCCCGAAUUUCCGGUGAGUUCCAGGUUUAUUCCUGAGGCCUUGUCCUGAGGGAAGUCUCCUGUCCCUUCUUUUUUUUCUCACCUAAACUUUACCCUGUUCUACUUCAGAUACUGUAUAACCCAAUAUCCUUCUUUCCUCAUUUGUGCUCCUGUCUCUCGAGAGAAGCCGUGCAACUGUAUAUAUAUAUUCACACCAAUAUAUACUGCAUGUCAAGCAUGCAUGUACAGUAUAUGUAUGACCGUGAAUAUAGAUACAUAGAUAUGUCAUACAUAAUAUGUAUGGAAAUAUUGUAAAUCUUCAAUUCCCCAUACAUGUACUACCGGAGGAAAAGAAUGUGAUGCUAAAUAGUAUUAUCAAGAAAAUACCUUAAAGGCCAAAACAGAUAUGACCCAACUGGCACAGGAAGCCUCAAAUAGUUAUGAUGGUAAUACAUUUACUACAGUUAUCCCUGUCAACCCCUGUAAGACGAGGACCAGAGUGCUUUUGAGCUUUUUUCUUUUACUUCUUGUUCUUCUUCGGUGUUAACAAAAAUGAGCGUACACUUUUGAACUUUGUGCAAAAUAUCUAUCUUGUGUUCCUCUCCAGUGCUAUCCAUGUGUUUGAAAAGCUCUUGAAAACCUGGAAUGCUGUUAAAGGUUUUCCAUGUGUCUCCUCGCCACAUAAGAAGUAUCACUGAAUGCAAAAUAACAGACAAAAAAAAAAGUCAAACAAGAAAAAAUUAGCCCGUUUCAACUAACAUGAUACUUUUUAUGUGGCUUCACUUAAUUUCACAAAUGUUGUUAUUUUUCAUGAGGGAACAUUUCCGAGGCAGUUUGAAUACUUAUGUGUUGCACCUUCCCGGUCUGCUGUGCUUCCUUCCCCUCUCUUGUCAUGUGAACCAAUGUAAAGCUAGAUCGCAUGAUUAAAGUAAUUGCACUAGCCACCAAAUCUGUGCAAACUACUGCAGUUGGAUGGUUUUGUUUGCUCAA